AGCAGCGCAUCGUGCGCCGGCAAGGAGCCUUCAGUGAGCGCUGCCGCGCCGUUUGCCUCGGCAGCCCGUUGCAUCCGUCCCGUUCACAUUGCCUUAUUUUUCACGUUUUAUCCGUGCCAUGUUUUCACGCUAGCACGUGCCUUGUCACCCUUGUCAGUGCUCGUCGUGUCCUGGUGUUGUAUUCUCUGUCAUACGCCCCAAGGAAUAUGUGAAGUGUGAAAACUGCGUUCUUGCGAAGACCAACAAGGAUUUACGUUUUUUUUCCUCUCUCUCUCAUCCUGAGUCGUGCGUGAAACUUGGUGUCGAGAUAUUAUUUUUUUUCGGUGUGAAGGUGUUUCGUUGGAUUGUCGAAGUGCCUUGUGGAUUAUGAGUCUACGUUGAAUCGACUACAAGACCUGUAUGGUUCGGACACACGCAGAAGUGUCCUUCAUGUUUCACUGGAUGGAUCGCAAGAUGCAUGCACCGUACACGACAUGGUAUAAUCGCAUCGGUAGCCCCACAUAGCGAAAGGCACACAAUAUGCUGGGAGAUGCUCCCUUACUAUGACAGGACGACACCAGUAAGAAUUUCCUGACAAAGCAGAAACCACGCGAUGACACUUUAUCACACACAAGGAAUAUUUAAUCGCGAGAGCCCCCCGCUGCCCCAUCCCGGAAGGACCCUGCUCCAAGGGCUGGCACCCGAGUCCAGGCCUUUGCAUAUGAGCGACAGGAUGAGCUCCAAGGAGGCGGAGUGUGCCCCGGUACAAAUGGAGCCCGUCGAUCUCUCUGUAAACAAGAGCAAGUCCUCGCCGGUCUCCUCUCCGCCUUCAGAAUUCGGUGGUGGCAGCAGCUUCUGUGGCGACGGUGGUGACAGCAGGGAUCGCACGCCCUCGCCACCCUGCGUCGACCUCAGCCUCAACAAAGAGAGCAUUACGUUGGCCCUGUUCCGUUCUGCGAGGCGGUUGGACACCAAGACGCCCGAAGAAGCUCAUAGGAAAUCUCCACUAUCAGCCAGUCUACCGUACGACCUCCUAUCGGCACACAUGGACUUCGGUAGCAGAACAAGUGCAUUCCUCUCCUUGCAAAGAAUCAAAGAAGCGUCCCUGGCCCUGAACCACCUUCAACCACCGAGCAGUCCGUCGAACGGAACGCUUCACGCGAACGGUGCUGGUCGACCCCUGCUGAGUCCGCGGCUAUCGCUUCCUCCCAAUCAAGGUGAAGGCUCCGUCUCCCCGUCGCUGGCGUUGACGCCCACGCAACUCCUGUCCUCACCCGGCCUCAACAGCGCCCACCAGACGUCGGACGUCUACUCAGAGUCCUUGCGGCGCCGAAAAGUUCACAAGUGCGAUUUCGAGGGCUGCCAGAAGGUCUACACCAAAAGUUCCCACCUGAAAGCGCACAAGCGGACACAUACUGGCGAGAAACCCUAUACCUGCACGUGGGAGGGCUGCACGUGGAAGUUCGCGCGGUCGGACGAGCUGACGCGUCACUUUCGGAAACACACGGGCCAGAAACCGUUCAAAUGCCAGCUUUGCCAGCGGUCCUUCUCUCGUUCUGACCACCUGUCCUUGCAUAUGAAGAGGCACUGAUGACGACUCAUCGUUCUAGGCUGGGCCUUCUCAUCUGCUCUCUUCCUGGUGGGCAUUGCCCGAGCCUUGCUCAAUCCAAACCUGGCUGCAAGUCGUAUCUAGAAAUCCGUAGGACGAAGCGUGUUUGUGCUAUGGAACUAAAUCUAUCUUCUACCUCUUUAGAAGGCUGCACUGUGUGGCAAAAUGUCGUUCCUAAUAUAUAAAGUGAACUUGUUGCGUUGCCAGAGGACCCAGCAGUGAUGCAGCAUGGAGCAAAGAGGCUGCUCUCUACGUACCUUCGAACUAAAGAAAAAAUGUGAUGUGCUCAAGCAAGGUCGAACAUAUGUGACCCCUGUGUGGACACUGCAGAACAUAUAUGUCACUAAUUUUUUAUGUGAUGCCACUCAAAUACUGUGGUUUACAUUUGGUAUACAUAGAUAAGCACUGUAAGCAUGUAUGUAUGUGUGUGUGUGUGUCAGUGUGCAUGUGCAUUUGUAUAUGAUGUCUGGAAGAGUUAAAUUACUUCAACAAUCAGAUGUGACAGUUGAUUGAGCCUGUUUGACAAAAAGACUGCAAGCACUUUCGGUGGUGUGAUAACCGUACUAUAAUUCUGAAUUAUAUUGUUUAUAGAAUGAGCCUAGGUAUACCAUAGAAUCCUUGCAAACACUUGGAUUGUUCUCUUAAUGAUAUAACAUGAUGUGAUUAUCAAACACAAAAGUUGUAGCCACAGGAGGUUGCAAAAGACAUUCCUGCAAAUUGAACCACAAGUCUAUUCUAUGUGAAAUUAGUGACAAAUGUGAAGUUUUCAAAUUUUAUUUAAGAAGGAAUAGUACUGAUGCAUGCUCUCAUAAUCUUGGCUUUUGCAAAUCUGUCUUCUUUGCAGUUUUUUUUUAAAUUUAAUUUAAGAGGGAAUGGUACUGAUGCACGCUCUUCAAAACUUGGCUUUUGCAAAGUUGCAUCACAAGACCAGGUGCCAAACAGUCAUUUUAUUUUAACUAUUUGCCUUUCAAACUUUUGACAGCAAGGUAUCAAGUAAAAUGUCUAACAAUUUUGUUUUGUUUUGAGAUUAUAAAACACAACUUCACCACAUAACACACUUCCAGCCAGCCAUCAUUCCGGAUGACAUCGCUCUCUCUCCCGAUGUGUUGAAAAUGGUAGGCAUAUGCCCUUUUGUGACACUUGCACUUAUCUUAAUGGUCACAAAAAGGCAUAUGCCCACCCCUCUCUCUAAAAAAUAUCAGGGUCUGCUUGCAUGAGCAUCAAAGAAAUUCCUCAGUGGUGUCCUCAGUAGCUUCAGUAGUGUUUCGGGCACAUGCUAUACUGCCCCUAGUAAUGCUCUUUCGUAGAGCACUUGAAAAGCUGCUGAGGACAGCACUAAGGAACUUCCUCAAAGUUCAUGCAAGUGGGCCCAGGUGUGGUUAGUAACAGUAUUUUCUGUGUAGCCCUCGACCUCGAGCGUGGAAUACGGUUUGCUUCUGGUUUUAGAGUGCAUGGUAUACUGAAACUAUCCCAACACAAGAAUUGGGCAUUACAUGAAAUUAAUUUCAUAAUCGUGGGGCUCUGAGAUUUUUUAAGCUUUCUGGGCUGAAUUUUUUCAGAAUCAAUUCCUUAGACAAUGUGUUAUUGUUUCUGAUGCAAAGAGACAAUGAGAGUAUAAUUUCAAAUUUUCAGUUAUUUUUGCAUAAAAAUGUUUCCUUUCCUCAACUGUUUCUUAACUGUGAUGUAGAACACGUGCACAAACACAGACGUGGCUAUGCAUUUCCAAGUGCAAAAUGUAAGGAAGAAAAAUUUGAGUGAGAUAAACUGAUUGCAGGAAAGUCAAAAAGUGGUUGCACGCAAGCUUGUUUAAGCUGCCAGAACGCUGUUCCCUCUUAUCGAUUACAAAAAAAGCCCAUCAAAAGUAUACUGAUAUCAUGCUAAAUUGCAUCACAAUUUUAUCCUGUUCACUAAGUAUAAACACGCCUACGGAUUUCCAUGGAAGAAGCUGCCUUCGGUCACACACGCAUUGGCAUUACCUAUUGAGAGCCUUAUUUCUUGACUAAUUCCCGAGGGCUUCCUGCAUAUGAGACAUAAAACAUUUGCAAGAAAUAUGGUGACACCUAUACAUACAUUGUUCACAAGGACUCCUGCUUUAGGGUCACACUCAAUGCAGACACCCUUUGGGUCUUUGACUGGAAUGCUUGAAAUUGCUUCAGAUAAAAUGCUAGCAGAAUUCUGUUUCCUGUUAAGGUAGUUACGAUUUGUUCAGCUUUGACACAUUUAAGGCCCAUCGUGUAAAAAUAUAAUCGUAGUCAAUGACUUGACAUUGCUCCUGGUUGUUAGCCAAUGUCAGAGUGACGACCGUUAGCCUUCAUCUCUACGAGAAUGAUACUCGUACACACAGUACACGUAAUUCUCCUGGCACUGGCUUGGGUAAUGCGAACAACUAUACAAAUGUGAACGAACAAAUUCAUUCCUUUUCUGUCUGAUGAACGUAUGCGAGGUCUGAACCUGUCCAUUGUUAGAGGGUCUGCAGAAAAAGGGCCUUAGGUUCAUAUGGCCUGUUUCUUGCGUGUGAUACUGUUGGGCACAAUUGUGGAACGCCAGAGUUGUUGAAAGCAAGCUGAUACCGUAGUUAUGCUGUGAGAGCUCAAUGCUGAACAUGACUGUUGAAUCUGUACUAUACGUGAACAUAUUUUUCGAAGAAUUGCCUUAAUAUAUUUCAGUGUGAACCAGUGUUGACGUCAGCUCACAGUGUGUGUAUUAACAUGAAACAGUGUUCAGCACAAGAUGCAAGCCUUGUUGUGAUACUGCACUGAUCUUUCACAUUCUAUGUACAAUGCAAGUUAAUUAAUUUUGCCACAUGUGUGGAUGGUGAAUGUCAAAUUAGUAUUCUUUCAAAUUGUAGCUACCUGUAAUAUAAUCAUACAUGCUCCCCAUUUUUCUUUUUUUUUCUGAUGGAGAGAUUACACAGAUUUCGUUAAUUUCAUGUUUCGCUAGUUCACAUUACCUGAAAAAUUACAGAUACAGGAGAGAUUUUUCAGAUCUGUCAAUUCUCUGCAAAUUGAAGUAGUAGAAGAAAGUACUUAAAUUCAUUAUAUUAUGGAGUUCACUCUGUCAGAAGAGCCGUGAAUUUGUGGUUGCAUCUGUGAUUGCAAUUAUGCAGGAUGGCUACACUCUGAGUGUUUCUAAUGGCUAUGCAUGGACCCACCUUGCUACAGGUAGGAGAAAGGAACCAUGUGUUUACAAUUUUUUGGUUAUGACUUCUGUGGCAAUUUGUCACCCUUCCAUAAAAAAUUCAAUAACUUAGCUGACUGAUCAGAUAUACUGGUCAAUUCACAGGAUUUGACAUCUAAUUAAACGUCUCACAGCAAAUGUAGACUGAACGAAGCUUGUAAUGUAAAAACAUUCAAACUUCACUCUCAAGGCACCUUUUUUUUCUUUUGGUUUAAUGCUGUUAAAUCAUGACAUAUUGCAGUUUGGUAUAUGGGGCCAAUUUAUUGCGACUUUGCAAUGACUAACUUGCCAGAACCAUUCAAAAGUGAAGUUUUCACUGUCAUCCCAGAAAAUUACUGGUUGCAUGUAUUUUGUUAGUCUCUUUGAGAACAAUCCGACUUCUUUACCCAGCAUAUGAGAAAAAUAGUGCUUAACAAAAAUCAAAUCUACAUACCAUCCAAAUAUGCUCACGAAUAAUUGGAAUUACAUCUGAGUGUGGCAAAUCAUGUAGCAAAACAUUUGAAUUGUAUGCUUCAAGAAGAGAAACCUGAAAGACACAUAAGAAGCCUGUGACACCCUGAAAAAUUAAGUGAUGCAUUGGAAUCAUUUUUUGCUGCCUAUUUCUAAUAUCCAAUGCGACAAUUUAUAUUUCAUGCAAACGUAGCAUUUAAGAAAUAAUUAGAAAGUUCACAUUUGAGCUGUACUCACUACCAUUCCUUUGUGAACAGAGUGCCCUGGGUACAUAUUGCACUUUUAUGACUGUACAUUUCACUGAGCAUGACCGGUAAUUUUUUUAGCACAUCAAUUGUGCUGUCUGAAAAGCUGUAAAAAUGUUUAUACUUUAUACUCAUCUGCUACAGUACACUUUCAUCAUCACCAGUUUUCUGCUUUUAUGCUCCCAAAUAUCUAUAUACCUAUUUGAGGUCAGUGCAGGCAUCAUUGAACCAGAGGCUUGAUGAUAUCAUAUUUGCAUAAGUUUGUAUGCAGACACGUUCCACCUGGAUGCUGUGGCUGACGAAGAUUGUGCAUUGUAUUUAAGAUGUACAUAGCACCAACAGUUCUAAAAAUGAGAUAAAUAAGAGCCGUUCACACGAGAAGACUACAAGAGAAAUUUCCUGCAUCUCCCGGACAUAAUUUAUUGAGCGGUAGCUUAUGUGGAGACGACUCCAUGGGACUGAAGUGUGCAGUGUUCCGUAGACCAGCCGAACUGUUCAAAAUUCUAGCUGACUAAGUACUGCUCAGUUACUGUCUCGUUAAUUGUAGUGGAACAAAGAGACUGAUUUGCAAUCUCUCACUUUAAAUAUUACCACAUAAUCAUGGCAAGAAAGCUCAGAUCACAUGAGCUCUCUGUAGUACAAAAAAUAUGUGUUGUUACCUUUUGUAAAAUUGCUUGUGGUAGUGCUUGUUGUAUGUGACAAUAUUGCAACACAGCAAACAAAAUUCACAAUCAUCACAGAAAAAUAUAUUGCCUGUGUUUCAAAUGAGUGCAUAUUUCACUAGUUUGUGUACUGUUUCUGAAAUGUGUGGGCAAGAUAUCUAUGAUACGGUUGACAGUGAGAUGGGUAUAAAAGCUGAUGACGCAAUUGGCAGUGGAUUCAGUAAAGAAAUACACCAUAAACAAUAUAAAUGCUUCAUAUUAGGUAAAUACUUGAACACAAGUUCGUGACAGUAAAUCCUGCCAAGAAUUCUAAGCUACGGAACUGAAUUCAAACGGAAUGCAGUAUAACGUUUUAUUUAAAAAUUAUAACGCUGCACCUUACCCAGCAAAUAUCCCAGUUUUUACUAGCAUAUGUGUAGCAAGGACACAUGUGAGCAUUAUGGUAAAACCUGCUGCUGCUACGCAUUGUCGAAAAUAAACUUGUAGGAACUUGUUAAACAAGAAAACAAUCGUGUUAAGUGAACAGAGCUCAAUUAUUUCAUUUGUGUGUGAACUUGGACAACAUCAUUUGAGCCAAUGAACAUUUUGCCACUGCCUCACAGAGAAACACAUUGUAAAAGCUACCAGAACACCUUUCGUUGAUGCGUUGGUGCCUUUCUGAAUGAAGUUAUAUUGUGAGUGACUCUAUGAACAAUUUAUUGAAUACAUUGAAAUUAUUUUACA